AUGUUUGCAAUUCGCUCGGCGAUAGCUGGACCGUCGGUGAAGCCGCUGUUUAAGCUCUCCACACGUACAUAUUCCCAGCUAGCGCAAAUCCGGAAAGAAGUGAGCUCGUUGCUGCAUAAAAAUAAAGGAGUCUACAAAUCGUUUUCCAGACGUUGCCACCCUGGAGCCAGCUCACAAAUUCCGGUUCAGAGUGCAUACAGUAUCACGGGAUGGGAAGUUGUCAAGCGAUUGCUCCGAUUCGUGUGGCCCAAAGGAAAUUAUCCGAUAAGGAAGCGAGUCGUCGUGGCGAUGGCGUUGCUGAUUGGGGCUAAGUUAGCAAACGUUGCUGUGCCCUUCCUCUACAAAGACAUCGUUAACAUCUACAAUGAGAAAGCACCCGAAUUUCUUCGUCUCCAUUUCGACACCCCGGCAAAUGCGGUUUUGACCGUUGGAAUGUGCGUGAUCAUUGCUUAUGGACUUGCUCGCGCCACCUCGGCAUUGAUGAACGAGCUGAGAAAUGCGGUAUUCGCUCGAGUUGCCCAACACGCGACGAGAAAGAUCGCGCACGAUAUUUUCCUGCAUCUGCAUUCGUUGGACCUCUCAUUUCAUCUCAAUCGACAGACCGGAGCGCUUUCAAAGGCGAUAGAUCGAGGCACUCGGGGAAUGUCGUUCGUGAUGAGUGCCCUCAUUUUCAAUGUAUUUCCGACGAUCGUUGAGCUGGGGAUGGUGUCCGCGAUUUUCUCGGCAACUCUCGGCUCGGAAUUCGCUUACGCGACAAUGGGAUGCGUUGGAAUGUAUGGAGUGGCGACACUGGGAAUCACAAGAUGGAGAACGAAGUUCCGUCACGAGAUGAAUCAAGCUGACAAUGACGCUGGGAAUCGAGCCGUCGACUCGCUGAUCAAUUACGAGACUGUUAAGUACUUCAACAACGAGAAAUUCGAAGCGGCUCGUUACGAUCAUUUUCUGAAGAUUUACCAGAAUGCCUCAUUGAAGACGACAACCUCAUUGGCUUUUCUCAACUUUUCACAAAACGCGAUCUUCUCUGCCGGUUUAGUGGGAAUCAUGGCUUUGGCGGCAAACGGAAUACAGAAUGGAACGCUAACAGUUGGUGAUCUUGUUCUGGCGAACACUUUACUCUUCCAACUAUCGAUUCCGCUCAAUUUUCUGGGAUCGGUCUACCGCGAGAUUCGUCAGGGAUUGGUCGACAUGAACACAAUGUUUGCUUUGUUGAACUUGAAGGCGAAGAUUUUUGAUAAACCGGACGCAAAACCGUUAGUGCUGAAUAAGGAAGCGGUGAGCAUGUCAUUCAAGAACAUCUUCUUCGAGUACUUGCCGGGACAAGGGAUCCUGCGAGGACUCACUUUGGAUAUUCCCGAAGGCAAAAAGGUGGCAAUUGUUGGUGGAUCGGGUUCGGGAAAAUCGACGAUCGUUCGCCUCUUGUAUCGACUGUAUGAUGCCAAUUCAGGGGAAAUCUCGAUCGAGGGCAAUGACGUUAGAAAUGUCACUUUGGAUUCACUUCGAAAGCAAAUCUCGGUUGUUCCGCAGGAUUGCGUCCUCUUCCACGACACCAUCUACUACAAUUUGGCUUACGGAAAUCCAGACGCGACACGAGAAGAAGUGCUCGAAGCAGCAAAGAUGGCCGACUUGCAUGAAAGUGUGACAAGAAUGCCGAACGGAUACGAUACGAUUGUUGGUGAACGUGGACUAAAGCUUUCUGGUGGAGAGAAACAACGCGUGGCGAUUGCGAGAGCGAUUUUGAAGAAUGCUCCGCUCGUUGUGUACGAUGAAGCCACGUCAUCACUGGAUGCUUUGACCGAAUCGAAUAUCAUGGGAGCGUUAAGAUCGGCGGUGAAAAAGAGGACAACAUUGUUUAUUGCCCAUCGUUUGGCAACGAUCGUUGACGCGGAUAUUAUUUACGUUUUGAAAGAUGGAGUCGUUGCUGAGCGUGGAACACAUUUGGAACUAAUCUCCGAGCCGACCUCUUUAUACGCUGAAUUGUGGCAAUCGCAGAACCGGGGCCUCGAUCAGGAGUUGAACAAGAAAAGGAGAAAAGCGGCGGCCGCGGAUUUGGAGAUUGAGGAUUUGUUGCUUUUGGACGAUCCGAAGAAGUGUUGCGGGAAUAGCUCGUGCAGUAACAAA